AGACCCUGUGUCUCAAUGUGUUGGUAUAGACCCUGUCUGUCCCUCCUGUGUCCCUCAGGUCUGUGUCUGUGCUUCAACGUCGAUGUCAAGAGGCCGCGGAUCUUCAGCGGCCCAGCUGACGCUCUGUUCGGCUACUCGGUCCUGCAGCACGAGGCGGAGGGACAGAAGUGGAUGCUGGUGGGAGCCCCCUGGGAUGGGCCGGCCAACAACAGGAAGGGGGAUGUCUACAAGUGCAUCGUGGGACAGGAGAGGAACUCAAACUGCACCAAAGUGAACCUAGGUGAGGUGGCGCUGCAGAACGUCUCCAGACAGCUGAGGAACUCGCACCUGGGCAUGACGCUGAGCCCCAGCCGUCCGGACGGCUUCGUGGCGUGCGCCCCCUUGUGGUCGCAGGAGUGCGGUACCUCUGUGUUCAGCACUGGGAUCUGCGCCUCUGUGGACAACAGCUUCCAGCCCAAGGAGACCAUCGCACCUACGGCACAGAGUACGACACAGGAACCCGUGCCUGGCCCGGCCCGGAUCUCGCAUGGUUCCAGGUCCUGGCCAAGAUGGGUCAGGUCAAUGCAUCACAGUCAAGUCGGUAUAGCCCAGUGCAGAACCAGAGUAUUCAGCAGUGGUCAGUCUGGGACAGAAAUAGGUCAUACAACACAAACGCUGUAUAACAAGGUGUCUGUGUCCCAGAUCGGCUCGUACUUCGGCAGCGAGGUGUGUCCGGUGGACGUGAACAGAGACGGGGUCACAGAUGUGCUGCUGGUGGCUGCGCCCAUGUACCUGGGGUCCGGGAACAAGGAGGCCGGCCGGGUCUACGUGUACACUCUGAGCAGGGUCCUGUUCACCCCGAACGGCACCCUGCAGGCCCACAGGAAGGCCCAGGACGCCCGGUUCGGGUACGCCAUGGCCAUGGUGCCGGACCUGAACCACGAUGGCUACAACGACCUGCUGGUGGGCGCGCCUCUGGAGGAUGGGCACCGCGGCGCCGUGUACAUUUACCACGGUUACGGCACCUCCAUCGUACCGCAGUACAAACAGCGGAUCCCGGGCUCGGCGCUGUCUCCGGGGCUGCAGUACUUCGGCCGCAGUGUGAGCAGCCGGCUGGACCUGGACGGGGACGAGCUGCUGGACCUGGCGGUGGGAGCGCAGGGCAGCGCGGUGCUGCUGAGUUCGCGCAGCAUAGUGCAGAUCAACGUCACGCUGUCCUUCCAGCCCCACUCCAUCAACGUCAUCCACAAGAACUGCCAGCGGGGGGUGAGAGAGUCCGCCUGCCUCAACGCCACCGUCUGCUUCCACACCACCUCUCGCUCUCCCGGCACGGACAGAGCCCCCUUCGACCUGCAUGUGGGCGCCAUGCUGGACGACAGGAAGUUCAUGACCCGGGCCCUGUUCGACCAGAGCUCCCAGCGGCAGAUCCAGACAGUGCUCCAGGCGCAGAUCGAUGAGGUCACCUGCUCCAUGCUGCCCUUCCAUGUCUUUGACACCGCCGACUACAUCCGGCCCAUCGGCUUCGCUCUGCGCUUCAGGAUCAACGACACAGAGAGCGGCCCCGUGCUGGACGAGGGCUGGCCCACCUUCGCCAAGAGACUUAUCCCCUUCUUCAAAGACUGCGGGGAGGACGACGUGUGUGUGACAGACCUGGUGCUUCACGCCCACAUGGACGUGUCGGGGUCCAGACAGGAGCCCUACAUCGUCCGCAGUCCGCGGCGCCGGCUGGCCGUGGAGCUGGUCCUGGAGAACCGGCAGGAGAACGCCUACAACACCAGCCUGCGCCUGCUCUUCUCCCGCAACCUGCACUUCUCCAGCCUCAGCAGCAAGGACGAGCCGCAGGUGAAGAUGGAGUGCACAGCCCUGAGCUCCAACAGCCACUCCUGUAACGUCAGCUAUCCCGUCUUCAGAUCUCAGGCCAAGGUCUGUGCCCUGUGUCUGGACUGCCUGUUCCUGUCCUGGUCCUCUGGUUUGACUCUGUCCUGUGUGUGCCCAUCUGUGUGUUUCCACAGCGACAGUGCGGAGAGAGAAGAGACAUUACACGACAACACAGCACAGCUGCUGGCCAUGGUGCUGUACGAGCCCGAUCUCUUCAUCACCAGCGACUCCAACCUGAACCGCUACGAGGUCCAUCCCACACGCACACCCUCUGAGGGCAUCGGCCCCGAGUUUCACACCAACUUCAAGGUGCAGAACCUGGGCUGCUACCCGGUCAGCAACCUGGAGCUGCGCGUUCGGCUGCCCUCGCUGGCCGCGGCGGACGGCCCCUUCCUCUCCGUCUCCGAGGUCACCACGCAGAACGUGUCCGGAGUGAACUGCAGCGUGCUCAGCGACCCGCGGGCCCUGAGGCAGGCGCAGCGCGAUGUCCGGCCAGUCCACCCCGGGGACCUGCAGCACGCGGAGCAGCUGGUGAGACAGGAAAACGGUUUACUGACUCUGACUCCCCGGCAGGCGAAGUUCAAGGCAGUGAAGAUCUUCAGCUCCCACAGUCUGGCGGUGCCGGAGUCCAGCAUGCUGUCACUGGGCCCUGCCGGGCUCUGGAGAGAGACGGUGUUAGAGGUGCUGAAGGGCCGGUCCAUCCCCAUCUCUCUCUGGAUCCUCAUUGGCAGCAUCAUCGGGGGACUGCUGCUGCUGGCACUCAUCAUCUUCCUGCUGUGGAAGCUCGGAUUCUUCUCCCGGAAGCAGCGGGAGGAGGAGAAGGAGGCGGACGACUGAUCGUCGUUCCCAAGGCACCGGCACAGUUUCCACAGAAGCGCCGCCCGCCCCCGGGCCUCUGCGGCCUCACUCUGCACCCUGCUUGCCCUCUGCUGGACUGGGCCAGAACCCGCAGCCGCUCUGUGGCUCCGCUGGCCCGCGGGGUACGGUCUGGGCUCUCCAGCAGCCGCCCUGUGGCUCCGCUCACCUGCGAGGUACCGGGGUACUGUCCCAGGCCCCCCCGGCCUCUGUUCAACCAGGACCGUCACGAACCCGCUGCUCGUGGCUCCACUGUCCCCCCUGCCGAAGAAGGAGGCCCUACCCCCCCCCCCUCGCCCCCCCGCACUGCCCGUGUCGGCGCAGUCAAGCACAGUGAAAGCCCGGCGCUGCGGGGCCAAACGGAGAAAUUAUCGCCGUAAACUGGCCCCGUUCUCCAGCGUUCUUCCCUGACUGUGCCCCGCGACAGGAAGCGAUACCCGCAGCAGGACUGGACUUGCAUGUCACUCCUGGGGGGGUGGGGGGGUGUGGGAAUUCUGCCCCAGAAGGGUCCAUUUCGCCAUUCAGAACCGAUCGCAGCUGCAUUGAAUCUCGUCGUGGUCAGCAGGCAGUGCUCAUGCUAACUGAACACUCCACCGUGCUCUGGGCCUGGACAGCAGUCACGUAAUGUAACCGAGCCCACGAACUGCUCCAGCUUCCCAAGAGCUGCGGCGAUCACUCAUUGGAACACAACUGUAACUGCAAUAAAGGUCACAAGACAAGUCAAAGUCA